UUCCAGCGUUCCGGGUUUUGCUGGGUCUAGCUGUCGUGCUGCUAGGCUCUCGUGCGCUCGCGUGAUUGUUUGUUUUUUUAGUAUUAUGAUUAUUUCGGAAGUGGACUAAUUUUGUUUGCACUUUGGGACACAUUCGGACUAUCCGAGUCACUUAUGGGACACGCGUGCCGCGUCCCAGCUCGCGCCGGUCCGGCUCAGUGAGUGCGGGGAUGUGCGACUCGGCGGCGGCUUGGCAGCGGCGUGCAGGCCGGGGGGCGCCCGGGGCCGACGCGUGACGGCCGCUGCGCUCCACCGAGGCCAGCCACAGCCAGCCUGAGCCGGGAGCACGUUGACUCUUCCGCACGUUCGCCGGCUAUCCGGGGGCUUAUGGAGUGCACCUGAAUGCGCGCCGCGUUGGGAUCGUGAGAGCCGGGAGGCCAUGUGGGCAGCAGGGCGGCGGCGCCGGGUCCAGCCCUGAGGCGGCGUCCUGCGGCUGGGAGGAGCGCGUCCCUCCUGCAGCCCCCCCCUGCGGCGCUCCGGGACGCCCCUACUAAGAUGUCCCUCAGCAGCGGCCCUGCAGGCGGCAAAGGUGUGGACUCCAACGCGGUAGACACGUACGACAGCGGUGAUGAGUGGGACAUCGGUGUGGGCAAUCUGAUCAUUGACCUGGACGCCGACCUGGAGAAGGACAAACUGGAGAUGUCCAGCAGUAAGGAGGGCGGCGGCGCCAUGGCCGCCCCGCCAGGCGCCGUGGCCGCUUUGCCCGACAACAUCAAGUUCGUCAGUCCUGUCGGCAGCGGGCAGGGAAAGGACAGCAAAUCCAAAUCCAAGCGCAGUAAGAACUCAAAAGAAGGCGUCAAGACGGCCACGCCGCCAGACGCCAUCAAGAAGGAGCUUCCGGGUCGGGACCCAGUGGCCCAGAACCUCAACUCGGCCCUGACCAAGGGAGGCGACAAGUCCGGCAAAGCCUCCCGGGUCCCCCCGGCCGUCAAGAAGGACAAGGACGGCUUGUCCGCAAAGACUAAGAAGGACAAAAAUGAGAUUGACAAGGAGCCGCCGCUGCCGCCCGGGGCCUCCAUUCUGCCUGCCGGGGCCCCUCGUGGCAGCCCCUUCGAGGGCCAGCAGAACUCUGAGGCCCCCGCCACCGCCGAGCACUUGGGUCACGUGGCUCUGGACUUGGUGGGAAUGGGCCAGCCUGUCGCCAUGACAACAGAGGAGGAGGAAGACGAGGAAGAGGAGAUGCAGAACGGGGAAUGUCGGAACCUCAAGAAGAUGCUGUGUGGGGAUAAGAUGGAGUCGCCCAGCCCCACGCCGGCUCCGCCCCCCUUGCACCUGCUGGCCGGGGCGGCCAACAGCGACAUCUCUUCGCCGUGCGAGCAGAUCAUGGUGCGCACGCGUUCGGUGGCGGUCAACACGGCGGACGCGGCGCAGGCCACUGAGCCGGAGUGCCUGGGACCGUGCGAGCCCGGAACCAGCGUCAACCUGGAGGGCAUCGUGUGGCAGGAGACGGAAGAUGGCAUGCUGGUGGUGAACGUGACGUGGAGGAACAAGACGUACGUGGGAACCCUGCUGGACUGUACCAGACACGACUGGGCCCCACCCAGGUUCUGCGAUUCGCCCACCAGCGACGUUGAGAUGCGAGGCGGGCGCGGCCGAGGCAAGCGGAUGCGUCCGGGCGGCGGCGUGCCGACCAACGACAACAGCACGUCGUCGGACAACAAAGGAAGCGGCAAGACCCGCGGGGGGGCCGCCGGCGCCAACGGCAAAGGGCGGCGCGGCAGCCAGACCGUCGGCGCUGGUGGCUGCGGCGCGGAGGACGCCAAGGCCAGUCCCUCCUCCGCCAAGAGGAAGAGCAAGGCCGCCUCCGACAUGGAGCCCACCUCCAGCUCCGAGGACACCAAAGCGUCCAAGCGCAUGCGAAGCAACUCCACCGGCGCCGCCCACCCCCUCCCUGCGGGGAAGCCGGAGCCCCCCGCCCCGCCCCAGCUAGACCGCACGUGCCCCUCACCCGUGCUCAUCGACUGCCCCCACCCCAACUGCAACAAGAAGUACAAGCACGUCAACGGCCUCAAGUACCACCAGGCGCGCGCCCACCACGAGCACGAUGCCGACAAGUACCACCCGACGCCCACUCACCUCCACCACGACGCCGACAAGUACCACACGGCGCGUCCCCACAACCACGAGCAAGACGCCGACAGUGAGUACGGCGACGAGCCCGGCCUCCACCCCGACGCCGCCUCCUGCAACGGCGCCGCCAUCUCCCCGGCGCGCUCCGCCACACCUAAAGGCCGGGGCUUCGACGCCCCCUCGCCAUCGCCGGGGAAGCAGCCGACCAAGCACGGCAAGAAGACGACUGGCGAGGGCGAGCCCGACGGCACGGACGGCGAGUGUUUGACAGACGAGGCGAGUAACGACGGCGUAGACGACAGGAAAGCCAAGAAGAUGGCGGCCGGAGGGAAAAUGGACAAAAUGGCCUCGAAGGGCGUGAAGCCCGGUCGCCCCGCGGCGCCCGCCGGCCCCUCCGCGCCGCCCUCUUACAACCUGCAGGCCGCCUCUCCCGCGCUGGGCUCCGUGAUGCAACCGACCCCAAAGAACAACCAAUCAAAAAACCCCUCGCUUGUGGACCCCGGCUCCAGCCCCCUCGCCAAAGACAAGAAGAAGAAAGACAAGAAGAGGCGGGAGGCCGACAGUCCGAAGGGGGCGCGGCCGGAGGAGGCAUAUGCGGAAGCGGGCGACGCCCUGCUCAACGGCUCCUCGGAAGCUCAGCAGAGCCGCCUGGCGAGCAUCAAGGCGGCGGCCGACAAAGUCUACAGUUUCUCGGACAACGCGCCCAGCCCGUCCCUGGGAGGCAGCGGCAGGACAGAGGGCGCCCUGGGGCAAAACGGUGCCGACGGAGGCGUGUCCGUCCAGACCGGCAGCCCCGCCUACUCCGACAUUUCUGACGCGGGCGAGGACGGCGAAGGGAAGGCGGACGGCGUCAAGGUGAAAACGGAGCCCGACCCCAAGAAGGCGCUGUUCUCUCCUCAAGGGCUGCCCGCCAAGGAAGCCCCCUACUACCCCAACUACGACGCCUACUACCCCGCCGGCUACGCCAACGCCAGUCCCGCGUCCGCCGCCGCCCCGCUGCCGCCACACGCGGAGGGCCGGCCGAAGAAGGAGGAGGGCCCGGAGGGGGCCGAGGAGGUCAAGGUGAAAGCGGAGCCUCAGGAGGACAGGAAGACGGAGCCCGGACCCCCGCAGCCGUCGGUCAUCCAGCAGCGUGCCAAUGUGUACGCCCCCCCGCCGCUCUACUACAACCAGUACUACGCCCAGCCCUACUCGUACUCCCCCGACCAGGCCUACCACGCCCACCUGCUGGCCUCCAGCCCCGCCUACCGGCAGCAGUGCGAGGAGCGGCAGAGGCUGGCCGACAAGAUGGCCGGCGACAAGAAGGCGGAGGGGAAAGCCUCGGCGGGGCCGCCCACCCUGACGCCGGCCCCCGCCCUCGCCAAGCCCAAGGAGGCGGGGCCGGAGCAGGCCAAGUCCGUCAUCAUGGUGAAGAGCGAGGACCCCAAGGCCGCCGCCCCGCCCGAGGGGCUGAAGAUGAAGCUGAGUGAAACGGGGCACCACGGGAAGGACGAGGCCGCCAUGUGGUACAGACAGGAGCCCGACGCCCGCCUGUGGCCGUACGUGUACCCCAACAAGUACUCGGACGCCCCCAAAGCGCAGGAGGACGAGCGCGAGCACGACAGGAAGUUGAAGGAGGAGCGUCUGCGCCAGAAGGAGGCGGCGCCGCAGAAAGAGGAGGCCAAGGAGGGGGCGGAGGCCCGGGCGCAGGUGCCCCCGGAGGAGCAGCAGCAGCAGCGGGCCGCGGCCAAGGAGGCGCGGCCCGCCCACGUGCAGUUUUCGGCCCCCCUGGCGCAGCACCAGGGCUACGUGCCCUACAUGCACGGACCCUACGGCUACGGGCAGGCCUACGAGCCCGGGCACCCGGGACACCCCGGGUACAGGGGCGUGCCCUCCGUCAUGAUGCAGAAUUACCACGGCUCGUACCUCCCCGCCGGUUACUCCUUCUCGCCGUACGCCGGCAAAGCGGCGGCGGGCGCGGCGGAGGAGGGCGGCGGCGAGAAUGCGUCCCGCUCCAGCCCCACGGUGAGGGGGGCGGCGGCGGGCGGCGGCGAGGCCAAAGCGCUGGAGCUCCUGCAGCAGCACGCCAGCCACUACAAGAGCAAGUCGCCCGCCGCCGACAAGACGCCGCACGAGCGCGACGGCGAGCGGCCGCCGCGAUCGUCGCCCUCGCAGCGGGGGUUGCCCGCGCACCAUCAGCACCACCAACACCAUCACCACCUGGCCUACCCGCUGCUCGCCGGCCAGUACGACCUGGCGUACGCCGCAGGCUUGUCGUCGUCGGCGAUGGUCGCCAGUCAGCAGGCGUCGGCGCCGUCCGUGUACCCGCCCCCGCGGAGGUGAGGAAGGGAGCGCGGCCCGCCGGCCCCGCCGCCGCUCGUGUGAGCGGAUCUCACGAGGAAGCCGUCGCCGCGACGACGGGCGGGCCCCGGUCCCGCCGCCCCCGCGGAAGGACGGAACCGCCUCCUCCUCCUCGUCCUCUUCCUCGCCGUUUCAUCGAGUACAAAACACUGUGGAGUGACCAAUCAGAGCACAGCCUUCCCACGGGGCGGCAGCGCAGCAGCGGUGUCAGGCUUCGGACCGCCCCCCCUCGGUGUGUAGCUGUACUGUCGUGUGUGUGUGCGCCUAUGUGUAAAUAGUGUACAGAGGAAUAAUUUUAAGAGGUUGGAUGCUGUUUUGUUUCCUUCUUUUCUUUUUUUUUUUUGUCUUGGUUGUUUUUCUACUCUUGUGGAUCCUAUUAAAAACAUGUAGCUGGACCAACCACGCCAGGCCCCGCCUCCUCAGUGACGUCACCGCGAUGCGCCCAAUCAAAGCUGCCGCCCGCCUGCCCCUCGCUGCCCGGUUUCCACGAUGUCGGACCGGCUCGCGGCUGAGCCGCAAGAAACCCACUGGCCGCUAAUCUCCUGUUUUUGGCAUCUCGGCCGACUUAAAAAGAUUUUGCAAAUAGCCAUCAUUUGCUUUUAUUUUGUUUCUGUGCCUGUGUUGAAAUAUCUCUUCACGCGAAACCGGUCCGCCGAAACGCCGAAAAUGCCUUUGGAUUGAAAAAAUAUAUCAUCUAGACGAAUCAUCGACUGGA